CAAAAAACACUGAAAUAAAAAACAAAUGGCCACAGCGAUGAAGGUUCCAGAGAGAUUAUUUAUAUGAUAACCUGACCCAAUUCAAGAUCAUUCCCCAUUACCUUCCUCCUAUCUCCUCUGUUCUUCAGCUAAAGAUCAGAAAUGAGUGUGGAGAUAUUGGACAGUGCCACCAUUGUCAACUUCGUCGAAGAUGAGGCAGCCUUUGGUGCCUGCAUAGGAGACCGGUUUGCUCACCUCGACACGAAUCAUGACGGUCUCCUUUCCUUUAGUGAGAUGUUGAAGGAGUUGCAGAGCCUCAGGGUCAUCGAGGCCGAUUUUGGAAUCGACGUGAAGCCUGAUCCAGAUGAGCUUUCUUCUGUCUAUAGUUCUAUGUUUUUGCAGUUUGAUCGUAACUCGAGUGGAACGGUUGAUCUGGAUGAGUUUAAGGCUGAGAACAAAAGGAUGAUGCUAGCUAUGGCUAAUGGGAUUGGAGCUUUACCUGUUCAAAUGGUGCUAGAAGAGGGCAGCUUCUUGAUGAAGGCUGUUGAGAGAGAAGUUGCUAUAAUGACAACUUGAGCAUUCCGAUUGCUCUUAUUCAUAAGAACUGUAUUAGUUCUUUUUCAGCAAAUGAAUGUCAAUGCAUAAAAAUUUCCUCUA